AUGGCGACAGCAAGACCCUGCCUAGCUCAAUUGAGCAGCUUAUGUUUAGCAUCGAGUCGGCCAGCAUCUCAAAGAGUCUCGUCGAGGCUGCUCAGCACAACAGCCAUUUUGGCAGCCCGAGGAGCAAACGCUCCGAAAAUCCUCGCGAAGUCGGACAAGUUGAAGCUGAAUAAAACGAGCUCGAAUCCCCAAAAGAACAAGAAGAAGAGCGAUGAUUCGAAGAAGAAAAAGAAGGCACGGACGACUUAUAUUCAGUAUGAUCAGCGAGAUGCCGAUCGAUUCUCUCUCUGCGAUGCUAUGCGAUACAUACGGGCAUUUGAGGUUGGACAGAAACCAACAUCGGUGAAAUACGAGAUGCACAUAAAAUUCAAGUCCCUGAAGAACGGUCCCGUGGUACGAAAUCGACUACGGCUUCCACAUCCCGUCAAGACCGAUGUUCGAAUAUGUGUCAUUUGCCCGCCCGAUUCGAAGUAUGCGAAGGAAGCUCUCUCAGCUGGAGCCACAUUAGUAGGGGAGGAGGAAAUCUUCGAGGCUGUGAAGGAUGGACGGAUCGACUUUGACAGAUGUAUUUGCCAGACGGAUUCUCUGGACAAGAUGAACAAGGCUGGACUGGGUAGAUUCCUUGGACCGAAGGGCCUGAUGCCGAGCACCAAGCUGGGAACUGUGGUAAAGGAUCCAGCUGGAAUGUUGAAAGAUUUGAUUGGAGGCGCGGAAUACAGAGAACGUCUAGGUGUGGUACGGAUGGCGGUUGGACAGUUAGGGUUCACACCCGAGGAGAUGCAGAGGAACAUCAAGGCCGUGAUUGAAGCUGUGAAGAAGGAUAUGGCGAACAUGAGUGACAAGAUCAGUAAGGAGGUGGCUGAAGUGGUUUUAAGCUCGACGAAUGCUCCAGGAUUUCCUCUCAGUGGAGAGUUCAGGUCUCUGAAUUCAGAUAUCACUCCGAGGGAUUUGUCAACCUCAUAG